GUUGAGUUCAGUUUUGUGCCAGAUUUUAGCCAAGUAAGUUAGCUAAUCAAUAGCCGCCCCCCUACUUGGGCCAGCUGAUCGUGGCAUUGAUUGCAAGCCAGUGGAAAUGGCAGAGGCAACGUCAGCUGAUUCGUUCAAAGUGGAUGAGAUCGUGUUUGCCCAGAAAUAUGGCUAUAUACCCUGGCCGGCCAAGCUCAUAGACAAAUCAAACAGUCGCAAUGGCCUCGUGCAGUUCGUGUUAACCAAUGAUCGCCACCUAAUACCCUAUGGCAAAAUAUGGAAUUACAACGAACAGAGCAAACGACAAUUUGUCACAAGACAAACAAUGGACUAUGAGGAUUUUCGUACAGCAAUUUAUAUAGCGGAAUAUCUAGUACAGAAAGCCCUGGAGACAAGAACGGCGGCCGCGUCCUGCUCAAGGGUCGAGCCCAGCCAGCAGGAGCUGAACUUCUUGCAGGAGGUGCGCAAACAGCGCAGCACGCUUCACGUUGAGCCGCUUUUUAUAGGACAAGUCAACAAACUGCGCAGCAGCCUAACCCAGCGCCAACAGAACUAUGCAGCCGCACAGCUGGCAUUCCAGGAGCUGCUCGAACUGCCCAUUAGCCAGCUGUUGCUCGUACGCAACCAGGAGGCGGUGGAGUCCAUAAGGCUGCUCUGUCGCUUUGUCAACUGUGCGCCUGCAAAUCCGGCUGAUCCGGCGCUGGUGCGAGAGCUGGCCGGUCGGCUAAUUAGGCGCUUUGCAAACGUCUUUACGCAACCCUUUACCAUGCCGGACUUCUGGUGCGAAUACUGCAUGCUGGCUGGCAUUUAUAGACGCCAUACGGUGGAAAUUGACAAUCAGUCAAAGUGACGUUAAGGCAAAGCAAAUACACGUAAUCAGCGCAGACAACGCCACUUGCAUAAGUGACAAAUAUGCUUUUGGGUGUGGCCCAUGUCCAGGUUGUUGAUGCCAGACAAACACGACAGGGCGAGAUAAACAAUCGAUCAAAAUAUUAGACAAAUCAUCGUGUGACUGUCGUUGUACAAUAAACAAAAGCCAACUGUGUUCACGCCAUGACGGACUGUCGCUCAACCCCUGUGCACACACACAAACAUACACAAGGACAUACACGCACACACGCCUGUGAGCUGGUCAAGCAAACAAAAUUUCACUUUGCCCAGCCUCGACGCGAGCUGGACAGCCAAAAGGCAACAGCAAAGGCAAAUUCAAUUUGAGCUGUCAAAAAUCUAACCAAUAUUGGCUGCGUGUGCAUGUGUGUGUGUGUGUGCGCGCGUGUGUAUGUGCUUUUGGGAGGCGUGGCUGUGAAUACUAUCGUCGAGCACAAUCGAUUGAAAACAUAAAUGAAAUUGACAGCCAGCAUGCCAGGUGACCAGCCAACGCAAGUGCGCCUCCACGCACGGCUCCCUUAUGUCAUAGCUAGCCCUUUGAUGUUGCCGAC